UCUAUCUACGAAUGCCACACAUCGACAGUCGGAAAACUCCCUAAAACGAAACAGUCAACACUUGGCUGCUUCUUGUCAAAAUCUAACCACGGGAAACGUAGCUAGCAAAGAAAAUAUUAAUUUGUUUACCAUUCCUCUGUAUGGAUAAGUAAUUUACCAGCUUUUUGAGCACAAAGUGUAAUCUAUAACUAAACAUGGAUUUCAACGUCAAAAGGUUAGCAGCAGACGCUGGUACUUUAUUCAGUCGUGCGGUUCAAUUUACAGAGGAAAAACUUGGGCAAGCUGAGAAGACUGAGUUGGAUGCUCACCUGGAGAACCUUCUGUGCAGAGCAGAAUGCACCAAGCAAAACACGGAAAGAAUCAUGAAGCAGACAGAGGUUCUACUACAACCAAACCCAAAUGUCAGAAUAGAGGAAUUUCUGUAUGAGAAACUGGAGAAGAAAGUCCCCACGCGGAUGAACAACCACGAGGUGCUUGGCCAGUCCAUGAUCGAGUCGGGGAGUGAGUUUGGCCCUGGAACGGCCUAUGGAAAUGCACUUAUUAAAUGUGGCGAGACGGAGAAGCAGAUUGGAGGAGCGGAGAGAGAGUUCAUCCAGAGCUCAGCCAUCAACUUCCUCACGCCAUUCAGGAACUUUCUAGAAGGAGAUUUCAAAACCAUCCUGAAAGAACGGAAGCUUUUGCAGGUGAAGCGUUUGGAUCUGGACGCGGCAAAAACCAGGCUAAAGAAAGCCAGAGUUCCUGACGCUAGAGCAGUGGCAGAGCAGGACCUAAGGAUGACCCAGAGUGAGUUUGAUCGACAGGCUGAGAUCACCAGGCUGCUCCUGGAGGGGGUCAGCAGCACCCAUGCACACCACCUCCGCUGUCUGACUGACUUUGUGGAGGCCCAGACUACAUACUAUGCCCAGUCUUACCAGUACAUGGUUGACCUCCAGAAGCAACUGGGGAGCUUCCCGUCUACGUUCUCCUCCAACAACAACCAGUCGUCUAGUAGUUCCGGUGGGGCCAGUAUCUCAGUACCCACCAUCCCCUUGUCUGCCUCCAUGCUCAGCCCCUCGCCCGGCCUGGGUUUGUCAGGCUUCCAUGAGCUCCGGAACUCCAGCGGCAGCCGUAAAGCCCGCGUUCUCUAUGACUACGAUGCUGCUGGCAGCAGUGAACUCUCCCUGCUCGCUGAUGAGGUCAUCAUGGUGAGCAGUGUCCCAGGCAUGGACUCUGAUUGGCUGAUGGGUGAGCGGGGUACCCAGAAGGGUAAAGUGCCCAUCACCUAUCUGGAGCUGUUGAACUGAUCGGAGCGGAGUGAUGCCUGUAUGUGGAGAGACUCAAGAGUCCAGACGGCUGGGCCAGUAUUCAUAAUGCAUCUCAGAGUAGGUCCUAGGAUCAGAUUUACAGUUUAGAUUAUAACUAUAUGGACAGGCGGGAUCUGAUUACCUGAUCCUAGUUCAGCAGUCAUACUCUGAGACGCUUUGUUGAUACAGGCACCAGGAUCCAGAGGAAAGCAACAAGCAAGCCCAGUGUAGUAGAGCAAGGUUUCCCUAUUUAUACUGUCUACCACGGGAUAUGGUCUGCUCCAUGCUAAUUCUGUCAAUUCAUCAGGAGAAUUGUAAGUCGAUGGAAAACAGUGACAAUGACAUUGUGAAUUGAAAUUCGUCAAAGGAAUUGGAUGGAUUGAAUUGGAACUGACCCUAUCCCUGCCGUGCCAUGUAUGCAACUAUGUUUAUACAAGCCGCUUCAAUGUUUUUCGCUCAAUGCAAUCUUAAUUCAAUAUGUGCCAGACUUUCUCCACAACCUUCCAUUUGUACAACCAAACCUUUUGUUUAAAGUACAAUUCAGAUGUUGAUCUUAAAGUGCUUUUUGAUGUGAUUUUUUUUCUUUUUCUACUCACUGCCAAUUAUAGUCCAGUUUGUAAUAUGGUUGAAAUGCUAGGCAUGUCUUUUUUUUGUAUUUUCAACGAGACAAAAAAGCACUUUAAUUUGCAUAGGACGACUUAAAAAUAAACCAAUCUUAACUUUUAAGUAUUAUUUUGUAGAUCAUAAUCAGGGGCGGCAGGUAGCCUAGUGGUUAGAACGUUGGGCUCGAAUCCCCGAGCUGACAAGGUAAAAUUCUGUCGUUCUGCCCCUGAACAAGGCAGUUAACCCACUGUUCCUAGGCUGUCAUUGUAAAUAAGAAUUUGUUCUUAACUGACUUGCCUAGUUAAAUAAAGGUUAAAUAAAUAUUAGCUACUGGUUGCCUUUUGACAAUUGCACAGUGCCUUUUGUGGAACUUUAACCAUGACAACGGUCCAGGAAAAUUCCAUUAGAUUAGAAUGCAGUUAGAAUGGGUAAGGUCUUACUGUAAGUUACAUUAAGGAUUGUCUGGCACGGCUCGGAGAGACAUGUGCCUCUGAUUUACGUUCUCAAUCUGACGGAGGUGUCUGGAGAGAUGUAUCUCUGAUGUAAGGGUGGGUUAAACAUUAGUUAACCCUGUUAAGACCCUGUAUAUAUAUAUCUAUAUAUAUAUAUAUAUAUAUAUAUAUAUAUAUUAAAUAAAUGCCAUAACUGUAGCUACCCAGUAAAGUAUUUGUUAAUAAGAAAUCAUUUCAAAUAAUCUUUCUUAAUAUUGACUCCUAAUCUGUAUUUUAUUUACAUUGUCUAAGAAUUAGGGACCAACCUUUUCACCGUCGGCAACGUCAUUUUAGGAAAGCAUAUUUUGACUUUAGGUAAGCCUUUUUAUUUCAUUCAUUCAGUAGUAGCAACUCUCAAGCAGCUUCAGGUAUUCUCUUACUGCUUCUGAUUUGAUUAUACAAUAUGGUUAAAUAGUCCGUUUUAAUAUGGGCUGUCCUCAUUGCUCAGCGGUGUGUGGCUCGGCUUUAUGUUUACUUUGAUGGGCAACAGUGCCUUAAUGGAAAGCAAGAGGUGGUCUUCAUUUUUUCAGUACUAACAUGUAGUGUGUAACCAAUCAGACCCCCCUCCCCAUGCGAGCACAGACACCAAUGGAGGCUGCUGAGGGGAGAACGACUCUUAAUAAUGGCUGGAAGGGAGCAAAUGGAAUGGCAUCAAACACACACAAACCAUGUGUUUGAUACGAUUCCCCUCCAGCUAUUACCACAAACCCGUCCUCCCCAAUUAAGGUGCCACCAACCCCAAACACACUAGUUCAUUGGGGGGGUUAAAUUAUAUAAUGGCUUAUUGCUGCUCUUUAAAAAAAAAAUGUAAUCAUAGAAUUGUAAAGAAUAUAUGCAGUUUGGUAUUAAAGUAACAAUGUGUUGCUUGAC